GUAAAUCUGAAUAUUCAUUUCAAGAAAACGUCGGCGAUAUGCUAUUGUUUAUGUCUUUUUAUUUAUUAUAACUUUGCAGUUUCCAUUUUUCUGGAAUAACUGGAAAUGUCUGCAUUUAGGAUUGUAUUACCAAAAUCGUGUUCCCUCGUGAAUCCAGUUGCAGCACUCUCAGAUAUACCAGUUUUCAGGAUUUCAAACAUUGUUAAUUUAAAUUUGAAUAAUAUGGUAUUAUAAUUUUUCGCUCGAUUAUAAUAUCUCUGCUUCUAAUCAUGGUGAGUUCAAAUGUUUCCGCGUUUUCCCUUUCGUUAUGUUGAGAACAAUGUUAGUGGCAUUAUCGAAAAUCCGGAAAAUCUUGUCAGGAAAUACUGUGAAGUCUGUGAAUCCCAGAAACGGUAACGCACGUAACUUCUGUGUAUCACCUAGGAAAUCAAAGUUCAAAUUUGAGGAAAUGGCAGUGGCAAGUAAAAAUAAUAUGGCUUCUGUCCCAUUUUUAUAUCAUUCCCUACAAUCUAUUUUGGAUGUUUUUGAAAAACCUGAGAACAAAACCAGAGAUGCUGUAAGAGAACUAUUAAAUAUUUAUGAACGAGCAAAAGAGGAAAAAUCGAAGCAUGAUGCCGCAGGAGAAGUUCGUUCCCAUCCAUUCAUUGUUCUAGAAGGAUUAGAUGGAUCAGGUAAAUCCACAACUGGAACUAAGUUUGCAAAAAAAAUCGGUGCCAAAAAGUGGCAAACUCCGCCUGCAUCCAUCAGUCACAUAAGACAUUUGUUUGAUGAUGACAAAGUCCUUCGCACAGCCUAUUACUCCCUAGGGAACUAUAUCGCUGGUUUGGAGGUAGAAAUCAUGCUGAAAGACCAGCCCAUAGUGAUGGACAGAUACUGGCAUUCAACUGCUGCCUAUGCCAUGGUGCAGUGGAUACAUGACAACAAAGGCAAAUACGAGAUGCCUCCGGCAGGAGACGAAAUUUACUGCUGGCCUGACGAUCUCUUCAAGCCGGAUAUCGUCUUUUUUUUAGACGUGAGUGAACAAGUGAGGGCGCAGAGGUUGUCGCGCAGAACAGAGUCGACGGCUCAGGAGGAUUUGUUGAGGUCCAGCACAGAGUUCAGAAGCAACGUUAUCAAGGCAUACAAAAAUAUGUACAACCCCCCAGUGACUGUGAUAAAUUCCAACUUUGCUUUUGGAAGAGUCCUGCGUGAGCUACAAGACAGAACGAAGGAUUUGUUGGUUGAAUAACUCCUCGACAAUGAUUCCUUCAAGUUGGAAUAUUUAUAAUAGUUAUCACCAAGGAAAGACUUUAUAUGGAUUCAUGAUGCCUUUAGGAUCCAAAAUUCGCUUCAGGUCCUUCAUCAUUUGAACAUUACUUGAUGGUCUCGCAAAGUCCAGAUAUUUAGCCUUCAAAAAACCCAUACCAUGUUCUGCGCUGAUGCUACCUUUCAGCUGUUUUGUUCUUUGGAAAAUGUAUGGUUCAAUAUAGUUUUUCAAGUCCCUCGAGAAUUCUUCCACCUCGAUCUGUAUAUGAAGAUUACUAUCCCCUGAA